AUGGAUAUAAUUCAAACCAAGAAGCUUGAAAACGACGACGAUGACUUGUAUCGCUUGAGAAUGGAUACUUAUCAAAGUAUUCUAUUGAAGAUGAUGCUGUAUAUUGUUUACCAAGCUACCUAUUUGCUAUGGAAUCUUCAAUCAAUACAGGUUCAAAUACUUUCAUUGAAAACGGCUUCAGAAAUUGGAAGAAGGGCAACGAAAUCAUGUGAUGAUUUGAUGAAGCAAUCACAACAUGUUGAUACACUUAUGAAACGACAAACAUCAGAGGAAAUUGAGAAUAAUCGACGUAGACUUGGAGCAUCUAUUGAUUGUAUUAGAUGUAGUGUUCAGAAGCUUGUUUUGGAAAAUGCUCCUAGAUUUGCUAAAUACACUUCAAGUGAUGUUCAGAAAGAAAUUCUACAUGUUCUUGCUACAAUGGUAAGAAACUCAAUUAGAAAGGAUAUUGGAGAUAUCAAAUUUUGUAUUAUCAUUGAUGAAGCUCGUGAUGAAUCUAAAGAAGAACAAAUGGCUAUUGUUUUGAGAUUUGUUGAUGUGGAUGAUUUUGCUCGUGAACGCUUCUUUGAUCUUGUACAUGUUAGUGAUACUAGUGCUUUGACUUUGAAAAAAGAGUUGGUGUCUGUGCUUUCUAUUUAUAAUCUCCAAAUUAAAAAUAUUCGAGGUCAGGGGUAUGAUGGUGCUAGCAAUAUGAGAGAGGAAUGGAAUGGUUUACAAGCUUUAUUUCUUAAUGAUUGCCGACAAGCAUAUUAUGUCCAUUGUUUUGCUCAUAGAUUGCAGUUAGCACUAGUGGCUGCUUCAAGGGAAGUACUUCAAAUUCAUGAGUUUUUCACACAAUUGACUGCUAUUAUCAAUAUUGUUGGUGCAUCUUGCAAACGACAUGAUCAACUACAAGAAGCUCAAGAAAUUGAAAAUGCAAAAUUGAUUGCCAAUGAUGAGCUAGAAACAGGUCAAGGUGCAAAUCAAAUGGGCACUUUACAAAGAGCUGGAGAUACAAGAUGGAGUUCUCACUUUCAUUAUGUUUGUAGCUUGAUAAGAAUGUUUGCAGCUACUCAAACCGUUCUUAAUAACAUUAUUGACGAUGGUAUAACUUCUGCUCAAAGAAGCGAGGCUUAUGGCGUCAACAAAGUGUUAUCCUCGUUUGAAUUUGUUUUUUCAUUACAUUUGAUGAAGGAAAUUAUGGGGAUUACUAAUAUUUUGUGCCAAGCAUUACAACAAAAAUCUCAAAAGAUAUUUUGA